AACUUUUUAGUAAACAAAAUGGCAGCCUCCGGCAGACCUGAACAUCAAGCACCUCCUGAAAUUUUUUACAAUGAGACAGAAGCAGCCAAGUACACAAGCAAUUCCCGUAUGAUUGAGAUCCAACAGAAAUUGUCAGAACGAGCUCUGGAACUUUUGUCAUUGCCACCAGAUGUGUCCUGCUACAUUCUAGAUAUUGGGUGUGGCUCAGGCUUGAGUGGAGAAGUCUUGACAGACAACGACCAUGUCUGGGUGGGCGUGGACAUCAGCCCCAGCAUGCUGGAUGUGGCUGUGGAGAGAGAGAGUGAAGGAGAUCUAAUACUGGCUGAUAUGGGCAAUGGGAUGCCUUUUAGACCUGGAACAUUUGAUGGGGUUAUAAGCAUCUCUGCCCUCCAGUGGUUGUGUAAUGCAGACAAAAAGUGCCACUCUCCAGCCAAAAGGAUGUUAACUUUCUUCAGAACUCUGUAUGCCGUCAUGUGCCGUGGCUCAAGGGCAGUGUUCCAGUUGUAUCCAGAGAACAGCGAACAGUUGGAACUGUUGACCCAGCAAGCAAUGAAGGCAGGAUUUACAGGUGGGCUGGUUGUGGACUACCCAAACAGCACCAAAGCCAAAAAGAUAUUCCUGUGUCUGUUUUGUGGGGGCACGUCACAGAUUCUCCCAGCAGGCCUUGGGACAGAAGAGACCAACACAGACGUAGCACAGAAAGCAGGAAAAAGGGCCCGUCUGAGAAAACCUUUGAAAACUGGCAGAGAUUGGGUGUUAGAGAAGAAAGAAAGGAGGCGAAGACAGGGGAAAGAAACUAGACCAGACACACAAUAUACUGGCAGAAAAAGACGUGGGCACCAUUUUUAGUUGGGUGCGUGUUGUCUCUUGUACAUAGUUAUAAAUAGCAACUAAAACACCUUUA